AAACUAUAUACAGUUCUGAGCUGAAUGAAGAACAGAGCUUGAUGGAGUCAGGCUGGACGAGUGGUGCCUGUGAUUGUUUUAGAGUGUGUCUGCUUUUUUCUUAAGAUAAUUUAUUUUUAUUUCAGGUGGAUUAAUCUGUAGUAAUCUGCUACAAAACCCUGAUCCAUGAUUCAUGAACUUAAAUAGCAAGAUGGUGGGGGGAUCCACCCUUGUUGAGGGUCAAGGGAUAGCUUAAUUUGACCUCAUAACUGGUUCUGAGCUUGUGUGUGAAAUAAGAAACAAGGGAGCAUUUUAAAUAUAUAGCAAGGGGGAGAAAAAAGACAGAAAGUAGGUAGCAUUUCUAACAAGGAGAGAAUUUCUAACUUUAUAGUUGUGCUUUUGGAAAUGUUGUGGUUUAGGGUUGGGCUAUUUGCUUUUGUAGAACUUUGAAUAAACUACCAAAACAGAAGCAUCUUUCUGACAGGUCCCAAGGGUUACAGCUCUCUAGCUUAAUUUAGGGUUCACAGGAAAGAGGCUUGAAGCCAAUGUGAUCUUCUACUCCAAUGUGAAACGAAAAGCACUGGACAGGUUGUUGAGUCGCACCCAACAAUAUUUCCUUGGGAUUACUGAGAGCAAAAUGCAAUUGGAAUUGCAAAAUAAAUUCCUCCCUAGACAGGUUGCUUAAAAUUUGGGAAGAGGUUGGGAAGGUUAAGAUUUUUUUUCAAAUUCUCACAUAUGAGCUAUAGGAAAAACAAUAGGGGGUGAAUUGAUUAAUAGGUCAGGUAAUAAGACUGUACAUAGUAUUGGGAUUGUAGGGACUUGUAGCUAACUUCAUUUUUGAAGCCUUUAAGAAAAGGGAUAUACUUGAUUUCAGGAAACAGAUGUUUCAGCAUUUUUUUAGGGGUGCCACAAAUAAAAGGAAAAAGUGAAGUUUGUGCUACAAGACCUGAUGAAGAACAGCCCAGCAAGGUGGAAUGAGAUGGUGAUAAACUGGUGAAGACUACUAAACAAGCAUCCUUCUGACUCAUUUUGCUUUUGAGCCAAGCUAUUGAAGGAAUAUAAUAAUAGUAGUAGCAGUAGAGCUCCAGUUUGCUACCUCAUACAUGGUUUAGUUUGACAUCUAAAGAGGAGAUCCAAAAUCAGCAAAGGAUGGAAGCAGCUGAAAGCAGCAGAACCAUUGCAUCUUCAGGACUGUUUGCAGAAUGGGGUCUGGCCUUCUGGACUCUGUGCUCUGUCAUGGUCCCAGUACUGAUUACCUUGUGGUGCAGCUUCCGUCGAUCUCGGAGGCAAGGACUGAUGCAGGACAUCUUGCGAAAGAGCAAGCACGACUGGCAGGACACCGAUCUCUUUAGCCAGCCCACCUAUUGCUGUGUCUGCUCUCAACACAUCCUUCAAGGAGCCUUCUGCAACUGCUGUGGGCUGUGUGUGGAUGAGGAGUGCCUGAAGAAGGCUGACCGCCGUUUCCUCUGCAAGGAGAUCAUAAUGAGAGGCAGUGGUGGGAUCCAGUCCUCUAUGGUGCACCACUGGAUCCGAGGCAAUGUCCCGCUCUGCAGCCACUGCGUUGUAUGCAAACAGCAGUGUGGCACCCAGCCCAAGCUGUGUGAUUACAGGUGUGUUUGGUGCCAGCAAACUGUGCAUGAUGAUUGUAUGCAGAGCUCUCUGAAGCAUGAGCAGUGUGAGUUUGGAGAAUUUCGCAACCUCAUUAUCCCUCCAUAUUACUUAUUCAGCAUGAGUCAGAUGCGUAAGGAUAAACGAAUGGACUACAGCAAGCUAGCUUCCUCCUGUGGAAAAAAUUGGACUCCACUAAUAGUUCUGGCUAAUACACGGAGUGGAAACAAUAUGGGGGAAACAUUGUUGGGACAGUUUAAGACUUUGCUAAACCCAAUUCAGGUGUUUGAACUGACAAAAACAACUCCUGCAAAGGCACUUCAGCUUUGCACUUGGCUGCCCUGUAAUUCAGCCAGGGUUCUCGUCUGUGGCGGAGAUGGCACUGUGGGCUGGGUCUUGGAUGCAAUAGAUGACAUGAAGAUAAAGGGACAAGAGCGAUACAUCCCACAGGUUGCAAUCUUACCCUUGGGAACAGGUAAUGACCUCUCUAAUACCCUGGGCUGGGGUGCCGGCUAUGCUGGAGAGGUCCCAGUGGAGCAGAUUCUGCGCAAUGUCAUGGAUUCUGAUGGAAUCAAGCUGGACAGGUGGAAGGUCCAAGUAACAAAUAAAGGAUACUACAAUUUAAGAAAGCUAAAGGUCUUCACAAUGAACAACUAUUUUUCUAUAGGCCCAGAUGCUCUCAUGGCUUUAAACUUUCACACACAUCGUGAGAAAUCUCCAUCUUUAUUUUCCAGUAGGAUUAUUAAUAAGGCAGUGUAUUUUUUCUAUGGAACCAAAGAUUGCUUAGUGCAGGAAUGUAAAGAUUUGAACAAAAAGAUUGAGCUAGAGUUGGAUGGAGAGAGAAUCGACCUGCCCAGCUUGGAAGGAAUCAUAGUUCUGAACAUUGCCUACUGGGGAGGUGGCUGUAGACUGUGGGAAGGAAUGGGAGAUGAACCUUAUCCUCUGGCAAGGCAUGGCGAUGGGCUGCUGGAAGUUGUUGGAGUCAACGGCUCUUUUCACUGUGCGCAGAUUCAAGUGAAGCUGUCAAAUCCUGUCCGCCUGGGACAGGCCCAUACUGUGAGGUUGAUCUUGAAGACUUCAAAGAUGCCGAUGCAGGUGGAUGGAGAGCCCUGGGCCCAGGGGCCUUGCACUGUUACCAUAACUCACAAGACUCAUGCACUGAUGCUCUAUCACUCAGGAGAACAGACAGAUGACGAUGUGUCCAGCGUAUCUGAGCAGGAGCUGGCAAGAGAUCAGACCGAUGAGGACACAUAGGUUUGGGCAAGUUUUGUCAGGCAAAACGGCCGUGGUUUUUGCUGAAAGCCCUUAGCACUAAAUAUGAAGCCUCCAGCAAACCUCUUAAUGCCAGACCAUCUCUGUAGUUGCAAACAGCACAGGAGUAAUAAAGCCAUGCUUUCAGUGAUUUAAGCAAGUUAAUCCAAGCUUAAAUUCAGCAAGCACUUUUGCUUUGGUGUAGAGCAUAAAACUGAAGGGGCAUGGAAACCUCUCAUGAUAACUUUAGAUCAACAGCUCGGUAGGCUAAAUGCCUUCUUCAGCAGGCUCUCAGAGUUUGUGGAUAGUUCUGUGAAAUAGCUGCCAUUGUGUUCAUGGUCUUAAUAGUGUAGAUCUAGUUUUGAAGACUAGCAAAAACCACAUGCUGCCCUUUAGGGUCACCUGGUCAGCAACACCGCAGUGGCUCCUUUGCUCUCUCUUUUCCUCGCAAAUUCCCUCUUGCCCAUUUUGUUUCUGGCGCUAACUCUGGUAUAGCAUUAUGUCAUCUGCGGUAUUAUUGCCACCCACGGCUAGCUAUGAAAAUGAAAGGGAGUGUGAAAUUUACAUAGAAGAAGAGAAGGGUACACAAACCCACAGGAGAUCCCCACUGGGUCAGACACAGACAAAAUAUCAAGCCAUGGUGCUUUUCUGCUAUUAUUGAUCUGUAGUGUUGUCUGAAUCUAGUCAUGGUAUUUCGGCAUUGGUCUUUAGACACUGUGAUGAGAAACAACUGUUUGUUCUAUGGUUUCUCCAUACCAUUAUGGCUUGUUACAUUGUCUGAACCCAGAACCAUGGUUUCCACAGUCCUGGCAUGCAGGUACAACAGAAUCCCCUGGAAAGAGCAACAACUACAGGAUCCACUCCAGCCAUCCAGACUUGUAUGUUUAGACCAAUGAGGAAGAUAGGAAAUCAUCCACCUUAAGAUUGAAUUUCUGGUGUGGUGGCUGAAGGGAUACGUGUCAGUAGCAGAAGGCUUGAGCAGGGAGGAUGGAAACUGCAAUAACAUAGAAAUGACUGAAUUGUCUAUUGGGUUAAAAAAAAAAAAAGGUGAACCAUGGUAACUAUGCAGGAUCACUUGUGUCAUGUAAACCUAGCCAAUAUCUGUACCAGAUCAUGGGCAACUUCACUUUGAGCAGAAUUGCACUGAAUGCUACUAGAUCUUAUUGAGGAUGCAAAAUUCUGCAUAUCACAGCAGUGUAUAUGUUUACCACCCUAGGUGCUCAACAGAGAGGUCUAGAGUUGUAUGUUUCUCAGCUGGCCAGUCCAGGCCCAGUAUUUCUGUUAUGUUCUGGUUUUUAUGGAAAAGUGUUUGUGGUUCUCCAGUAUAUGUAUCUUCUUCCUCCUUGAUUAAAAUAGCAUUUUUGAUUCCCGGGUCUGGGAUAUGGCAGACAAUAGCUAUGAACACUCUAGAUUAAGGCAGGCAACUGUGUGCCCCCAAACACCUUUUGGGUGUUCACUGAGACACCCUCAUCAUCCUAAUCUUGACAUAACAGAAUGUUUUUAAUAUAUUCUUGCUGGCAGCUGGGAUUGCCUUGUAGUUGAUUGGGAGCUUCUAGAUCCCAGCUUCUGCCAUUUUAAUUUCCUGUGGAUGCUUCUGGGCAGUUUACUUUUUCUUUGGGACUUCUCCAUGCUUACCUAUGGCAGCCGUGUUAUGGUUAUUCUUAAUUUCUUAAAUUUCCAAACUGGCCCAAAAGGUUGCCUGCCCUUGUUCUAGAUAAAAUAUUGUUCGGACUAACAUAGACCUUUUACGUAUACAUGAUGUAGAUGUGAUAUGUUGUCCCAACUCUGCCCCCUACAGAGUAACCUUACAUACAUUCCUGAAAAAUAGCAGUUUGCAAAAUACAGUAACGAAGUAUUACUAGUGAUUUGACCAUCCUUGGGAUUGGAAAGAAAUGGAGUUGAAUGCCAGUAUCAGAGAACUUCCAAACUUUAGAUGAUACACUGAUUCUGCUCACAUGUUCAACGUUGAAGCAGCAAAUGAGAAUUUCAUGAGCUAUCUCUGAAUUGGAUUGCGAGUUUUCAUUUUGUGAAAGGAAGGGCUCCUUCUGUUUGUGGAAGGGGGUUGCAGUUUAGCAGAGGUUCUUGCUAGAAGAAAGUGUGGGGAGGAAGCAAUUUCUACAAAUUCUCCCUUCAACUCCACCACACAUCCAUCGCCCUCAUAUUCCAGGGGUCCCCCAGUUAUUCAGAGCUGCUUUUCAGGGGACUAGAUGGUGGAGAAGGUACUGGUAUCUGCCAGUUUAUGACCAGAACUCUGUUCUUGGGAGCUCUUGAUCUAAGCCUAUGUAACAUAAGCAUGCUUUAAUUACAUAUGUCUGUCUGUCUGGUGUUUGUGGGAGUCCUUGGGUACAGUCUUGGGGUACUGUCUAUCAGGAGUAGGUAGUAGAUAAAUCUACUAGAUAGUAAAUAGAUGUCAAAGGUGGCAUGCCUGCAUACACCAAAUGCUGAGUAGCUUGGGCAGGAAGAGAUCUUGUACCCAUCCUACUUGGGGGGAUGCUGUGGGCAGCUAGUUUGCCACCAUGUGAAUGGAGUGCUGGACUGGUUGGACCUUGGGUCUGAUCCAGCCUGGUGGUUCUUAUGUUCUUAGGCAUUUCCACGUACAAGUUGCACUGAAAUGAACAAGGAUAGCAUUCCUUUUUUUAGGUGAAAUGUAUAUAGGACACAUCCCUGGCAGAUUAAGCUCUUAGUCAUUACACUGAAUUAUUAUUGUCACUUUAGGAAGCAUUUGCAAAGCCCUUUUGGUGUGUGUGCAUAUCUAACUUGGUUCUGAUACAGGUUAUCAGCUGGGUUGGUAUAAUUUCAAGUUCUUGGUGUUUACAUUGACAGAAGAGUCAGUGGGACCAUAUUCUGACAUGGACUUGCUGAUUGUGCUUUGUUGUUCCCUCAAGUUUGUGUUAAUAUCAGAUCAUUACCUUGGAGGUGGCGCUAUCUGCUCACUUUUGUUCUUCCAUUAUCUCAAGUGCUUCAUUACAGCAGAUCUGCUAGAAAAAUUCCUGCUUGGGGUUGCUUUCUGUGCAAUCCUAGUCGCUUUCAUAUAGCUGUCAAGGGAACAAGUAAAGCAGCAAUUACUUUCUGUAGAAUUAAUUGUAGCACCCUCUAGUUCUGGGUGAUACAUUUUUCAGUACAGGGAUCUUUUAUAUAGUGGGAGGCGGUAAGCAGACCCACCUCCCCUGUGUAAUGCUCUGUGUGUGUGUGGGUGUGCGUGCGCAUGCGCCUAUGCCUGAAUCUCCCAAAUGCAAUCUCUGCUGUCUUCUUCUUUUCCACCAUGUUUCAAGGAAGAGGAAUAGGCUGGUUUACAUAUAAUGCCACACUGUGGUCCCUGAAAGGAGCCUGCGCACAGUCUCAGGCUGGUGUACAACUGCCCACUCCCUAAGGGGUGGGAGAAGGACUUUACUAGCAUUAAGUUGCAAUGUCAAGAGAGCCCUGGCUAGUUUUUGGGUGUGCACUAGAUCGUGCGGUUUGCAACAAACCCUGCUUUGUUUGCAGCACUUGCAUCUUCCAGUGCACAGCGAAAAGCUUCAGGCUGAUAAGUAUAUAAAACAUGUCCUUGUGUGUGUAUUCUUAUUUAUUUCUAUAUUUAUUUCAAUAUAUUAAACACUGUCCUUCAUUUUGAAAUGCUAGGAUAGUGUAUAGAAUCCAAUAAAGCCACCCUUUUGCUUGUCACAAUAGGUGUGUACUUCUGUAAAUGUGCUGCAGAAAAAAUUCUGAACAGGAAAUAGCUGCUUAAUUAUUAAAACUCUGUUUAAACAGUAGUUGAAAUGCUAAGGAUUAGAAAGCUCCCCCAGUACUACAGUCAAACAAUUGUCCAACAGGGGGUGCUCAGCUGCUGAUUUCCAGCUACUUGCUCUUUAAUUAACCUCAUCCCACUCUGUAGUUUACAUUACGGUCAAAUUUGUAAGUGUUUCCUGAAUGCUUUUUUUCUGACUUUAUGUUUAGCUGAAAGGAACUAGGCUUCAGAUCAGUUUGUAAAGAUAUCGGCUUCUUUGCAAAAGUUCUUAUUGAAGUUUUGAUUAAACGAUUUGUAUUGUCUCUGUGGCCGGUCAGUGUCCAUUUCUCAUACCCCCGUUUUCCUUGGGGCAGGUUUGGUUACUUAUAGAAGCAGCUGGAAGGAGCCCCCCCCAUCAUGACUACUCCCCUUGACAGGUUAUUGCGUUGUACCAGACCCUGUCCAUUCCUUCUAGCAUCUGUUAGUGAAGUAGUGGAUCUGUGUGCCCGUGCGCUCUAGGCCACCACCGUUGCUGAACGGGGCAGGUGCCACUUGGAAACUCUGGUGGCUUUUGGUGAGCAUAAUAGGUAGGUUUGGCUCUCGGCUGCUAACCUCAGACUGUCAGUGAAAGCUUGAACCACAACUCCACGCAAGCUGCACUGGGGCAAGCAGAUCGCCGCCCUUGCUGCACUCAUAAUAUGGCAGGAGAGAGCUGUCCUGGAGGUGGCAAAAUCGUCAACUUGUGCGUAACAACGCUGCAGCCAGGCACCCUCCUCUUUGUGAUCUCAGAUGACAGAUCUGAGCUUGCUAUUUUACUUCAGUAACCGGCAUGGGAAAAAACAAGCAAAGUUCAACCUUUCCCACCUCUUCCCUACCCCAGCUACUUAGCUAAAGAAAAAUCAAGUCUCUUGGUGGCUCUUUUUCCAUGCUUUUAACUAAUGUCAACUUCCCAUUAGCCUUUAGCCAAUCCAAGGGUGCAGUAAGUUCAGAAUCGCUGCUCUCAGGUGAAUGGGACUUUAUGAACUAAGCUUUUAAUCAUGGAGAGGAGUCAGAACACAGAGACAUGCAUCCAGUCUUCUCUGAAUCCCAUUGCUUGCUUUAUUUAUUUAUUUAAAGGGCUUUUCUUGUGUGAACCACUUGGUUAUUAAAAUAAAGUUCUGAAGCACUGAAGUUUGAAAUCCAGAUGCUGUUCAGGUCUCUUCUUUUUAGAAUAAUUGGCAUGACAUGGAAUGCUUCUUAGUGUAGUUAGGAGAACUUAAGCCAAUAUGUGUAUGUUUUGCCUAAGUUUUUGUUUUAACUUAGAUUCAUACUUGUAUAUGAACGCUUAGCAUUGCUCUUUGUUCACUCCCCCAUUCCCACAUCCCUUCAAGUAGUGUUUAAUCUUGUAUAAAAUUGUGCUUGCUCCAUCAGUCUGCCCUAUUCACAUCAGUCAAGUAGGAAAGCUAUGGGGAAAACGGCAAGAACAGAGGAUUCUGUUAAAAGUGGACCUGUCAGAUGCAAAUUUUCAUGGCACUGCUAAGCUCCCAGAAGUCACUCAUAAUUUCUGGAUAUCAGGCUGAUAGUUCGUUUGUCACUGGGGAUUUGUGACUUGAAGCAUGAAAAAAAUCUGCCGCAGUCAAAACCCACAGAACAGAGUUUAUACUUGGGAGAACUUGCAGAGCUGCUCUCUCAUCCAGAGGUGGCGCUCUAGUGCACACUCACAGCUGCUGUACACAUACAGUCCCCAUUCGUUUUUGUGGAGGAGCCUGUCUCCGAGCACAACAAUGUGCCUGCAGAGAGGUCCCCUCUGCAGAAACAAAUGGGAAAACUGUUGCCUCUAAGGAGACCGGCUGUGCGCUUUGGAGCCUCUGCCCCAGUACAGACUUUCUGGAUUGGGAAGAUACUCAUCUUCCUGCACUGAAGAAUAUGAUACGUUUAACUUGUGGGAAUAAUAGUGAGCUUGUAUGGUGCGAUUAAAGGUAGAGUUUGGUGUUGCAUGAGAACUUCCUCCUUCCUCCCCCUCUGUAACAUAUAGCCCUGUUGGCCAUGUGCAUUGCAUCGGGCAUUGCCUGGCACUGCCUGCUGCGAGCAGGAAAGCCCUCAGCAUAAUGGUACAAAAGACGAGGAGGCGGGCAUUCCAGAGUAGUCAAGGUGAGGGGACCAUGGCACAGAGCUGCUGUUUUCCAUGGCAGCCCUGUGGGUUCUGUGAUGGUGAGUUUCACCCUUCACACUGUUCUGUGGUGUGCAUCACUGUCAGCUGAGACAACAAUGAUGUGAUUGUUUGGAGUGAAAACUCUUCUGCCUUGUAGUUCCCUACUGCAAAUGAGAUCUGUUUCUUCUUCAGGACAAGCUCCGCAUCUUUCUCAGGUAUCUUUUUGUAAAUAUUCACGUUGCUUGAAGUAUCUGUAUUCUAGGAUGUAUGUAUUUCCGGAUACACGCUUUUGUUAGUUGUCUUUAAAUUCUCAUCCACUGCCCAGAAACCGAAAAGAGGAAUCCACUUUGGGGACGACUCCUAAAGGCAGAACACUAAGGGCAGCUUUACUGCCCAGGAUGACUGCCAGCCUGAGUGAAGGGCUGUUCUUCUUCUCUGCUUUGCUGUUCUGCAGGAGUCUGCCCAGAGGUCCAGAGAAGCAACACCGGAGUGGUGUUGAUCUUGGAAUGCACGUGGCCCAUUCCUUGUCUGAAAGCAUUCCUACAUUUUAAGAAACGCUUGCAUAUCCGAGAAAGGGCUAGGGUUGGAUUUAUUUUCAUUCUAGCACAUCUUGCUUCUUCAAGUAAGAGUUCUGGUCUGAUCUUGUCACAAGCACUCUGCGAUGACAGUUCCCAUAAGGACCUGUCCCAAAAUACUAGUGCGUUUGAAUUUGAUCCAGAUCUCACCAGCGCAAAUGCUUUUAAUGUUUCCAUAUGUGUCAGCCAGGGUCUGGAGUUUAAGAUGAUUAUUCCAAAGAUUAAUCAUCGUUCAUUCAGAAAUCCUAGAUCGUUGCUUGUAGGAGCAUGUGGGGCCAGCAGCAGUUUAGGAUGCUGUGGAAAUGCUGUUUCUGUGACUCAUGUGGGAACCUUAGCCGUGGCAACUCUGAUUGCCAUGUUGGGGUGCAUUUUUCUGAGGAGGCAUAGAAAUGUGGAGUUGGGAGGAGAGAUGUUUUCCCAGACAGAGGUACCAAUUCACACAAAUUAUACCUUGCAAGGAAUGUCUGCUUUUGUCUCUGUAAGAUUUUAACUGAAGGAAAAGGUGUGGAUUUGAAUCCAUGUGGUCUGCUCUUAUGCAGGGGCAGUAAUCUGAAUGCUUGUCUGUUCCCAUAAGCUGUAAUAAAAUAAGACUGGCACCUGA